CUAGUAAAUAUUUAUAUUGCAUGAUGAUAUGUGCGAGCAAAAGGAGGUGUGUGUGCGCGCGAGUGUGUGUGUGUGUGUGUGUGUGUGUGUGUAUGGGGAGGAAGAGGGCUGAGAGAGAGAGAGAGGAAGAGACCUCAAGCCACCCAGUUAUUAAUAUUAUUCCACACCGCUAAGUUUAGCAUUCAACACGUGUCGCUAGUGAUGGAGAGAGAGCGCGGGAGAGAGAGGCGGCCGGCGCGCGCGCGCGAAAGAGGGAGGUUGACGGUUGACGGUUGCUAGGUGACGAGGCGCAUAUACUGAAUUUUAACAAAAGAGCGGAGAAAGAGGGAGAGGGAGAGAGAGGAGCGAGAGAGAGAGAGAGAGAGAGAGAGAGAGAGAGGAGGGAGCGGGAGAUAGGUGGAGAGAGAGAGAGCUCGCGAAAAUUGAAUACAUGUAGAAUAUAUAUAUUUCUAGGUGUAUUUUCCCCGGAGAAGCCGCAAAAAGGAUACCUCGAGGGGAAUGAUGUGAAGAGAAUGGAGGGCCGAAAGGAGAGAGGGGGGACAGGCGCGUGAAAAACACAGCUUUCUUCGUACCCUCUCGUUUGGCCUCCUCGUUUUUUGCCAUGGUCACAGUACCCACACUCUCUCUGCUAUUGGCCCUGGUAGAAUGGGUGGGUCAGACUAGCUCCUCCCCUCAUCUCUUGCUCCGGCCCCGAGAGCGUGAACGGGACCCGGUGGCAUCAAUGCACUUCAACAUCGCAGUGAUCCACGCGGGCUCAACGGUUCAACAAGGGGAAGCAGGGGCUGCAGCAGCUGCGGGUAGGGUGCCAUACCCGGGCUUCGGACGUGUGCACAGCAGCUUCGGUGAGAGCGUCGUCACCCAGUGGGGAUCCGCAAACGUAAUCUGGCUCCAGGUGAAUGACAGCAGCCCCAGGACGCUGCUCUCUCAGCUGUGUGACUUGUUGGCAGCCAGACCCCUUCAGGGACUAGUGUAUGAAGAUGAGAGACCCCUCCCGCUGGCCUCUGGCCCCCUGGCCCCCAUGCUGGAGUUCGUUUCGGCCCAGACCGGCCUCCCCAUCGUUGCUGUGGGAGGGGGAGCGGGUCUGGGCAGGGUACCACAGGAGACCGGCUCAAUCUUCCUGCAGUUCAGCUCUUCCACCGCACUCCAAUUGGAGGUGAUCUUUGAGGUGCUGGAGGAGUAUGAUUGGACGGCCUUCUCGGUGGUGUCCACACGUCACCAUGGCUACCAGGACUUCCUGUCAAUAGUCGAAGGUUUGACCGACGGGUCAUUCAUCGGCUGGGAGAAGAAGAGCGUAGUGAUGUUGAAUUUAACCGAUGAUCCGGGAGGAGCGCGUGCACGGCGGCUGCUGAAAGAGAAUGAAGCACAGGUGCGGUUGUUAUACUGCUCUCAGGAGGAAGCAGAACAGGUGUUCCUCGCUGCUUGGGCAGCUGGUCAGGCCAGCGCCUCUCACAUAUGGUUCGCGGUGGGUCCGGCUUUGUCUGAGCUGGGCCUGACCGGACUACCCAAUCGGCUGUUUGCGGUCAGACCACAGGGCUGGAGGGACGAGCCCCGCAGACGUAUCGCCCGUGGGGUGUCCAUUCUUACCCAUGGAGCUGUCGCAUUGCGUAAGGACUACGGAGCCACUGGAGGGCCGCACUUUGUCACUAACUGUCAGACAGAUGGCAACAGAACACAGAGGAUCCGCGGUAGAAUGAAGUAUUUCAGUAACAUCACUCUCGGUGGGCGGGACUAUUCGUUCAAUAACGAGGGCUACCUGGCCAAUCCCUUUCUGGAUGUCAUCUCCUACACGCCUGGGAGUGGCUGGGAAGACGUAGGAUGGUGGGAGAACGGGGUGUUACGUCUGAGGUACCCUGCUUGGUCUCGAUAUGGUCCCUUCCUGCAGCCGCCCGAUGAUGCUCAGCACCUGAGGGUCGUGACCCUGGAGGAGCGGCCCUUCGUUAUCGUGGAGCUUGCAGACCCUGCCUCUGGAACCUGCAUUAGAGACUCUGUGCCUUGCAGACGGCCUCUCAAUGCCAGUGCACUUCAGGAAGGGGUGGCACCCAUGAAACAGUGCUGCAAAGGAUUCUGCAUCGACAUCCUUAAGCGAUUGGCCAGAAUUGUUGGCUUCACCUAUGACCUGUACUUGGUGACCAAUGGGAAACAUGGGAAAAAGAUUGAUGGAGUUUGGAACGGGAUGGUGGGAGAGGUUGUGUACAAGCGGGCAGACAUGGCGAUCGGCUCUCUCACUAUCAACGAGGAGAGGUCAGAGGUCGUGGACUUCUCUGUGCCCUUCGUGGAGACGGGCAUCAGCGUCAUGGUCUCUCGCAGUAACGGAACGGUCUCUCCCUCUGCUUUUCUUGAGCCGUACAGCCCUGCUGUGUGGGUGAUGAUGUUUGUAAUGUGCCUGACCGUGGUGGCAGUGACGGUUUUCAUCUUUGAGUUCUUCAGUCCAGUGGGGUACAACCGUAGCCUUCAGAGUGGCAAGAAGGCCGGAGGUUCUAAGUUCACAAUAGGGAAGUCAAUCUGGCUUCUUUGGGCUCUGGUUUUUAAUAACUCCGUUCCAGUGGAGAACCCCAAAGGAACCACUAGCAAGAUCAUGGUUCUUGUCUGGGCUUUCUUUGCUGUCAUCUUCCUGGCUAGCUACACUGCCAACCUGGCUGCCUUCAUGAUCCAAGAGGAAUACAUUGACACUGUGUCUGGCCUCAGCGAUAAAAAGUUUCAGCACCCCACAGAGCAGUACCCCCCUCUGAAAUUUGGAACGGUCCCUAACGGAAGCACAGAGAAAAACAUCCGCAGUAACUAUCCAGACAUGCACCAGUACAUGAUCAAAUACAACCAGAAGAGUGUGGAGGAUGCCAUCUCCCACCUCAAGACUGGUAAACUGGAUGCCUUAAUCUAUGAUGCAGCUGUAUUAAACUACAUGGCUCGUAAAGAUGAAGGCUGUAAAGUAAUGACCAUCGGCUCAGGGAAAGUAUUCGCCACGACUGGUUAUGGCAUCGCCCUGAUCAAGAACUCCCGCUGGAAACGGCCAUUGGACCUGGCCUUACUGCAGCUGGUGGGCGACGAUGAGAUUGAGAUGCUAGAGCGUCUCUGGCUCUCAGGGAUCUGUCAUAAUGAUAAAAUUGAGGUGAUGAGCUCCAAACUAGACAUAGACAACAUGGCUGGUGUCUUCUACAUGCUACUGGUGGCCAUGGGCCUAAGUCUGCUGGUCUUCGCCUGGGAACACCUGGUUUACUGGAGGCUACGGCACUGCAUGAGCAAAAUGGGCCAGUCCGGCAAACUUGACUUCCUACUCGCCUUCAGCAGGGGAAUGUAUAGCUGCUGCAGUUUUGAAGAUGAAACUGCACAAGGUGGGGUUAAAAUCACAGUUCCUGGCCACCAUCACACUGCCAUGGUUCCUGCUUCUUCCUCACAUGUGGUCACUUCAGCUGUAUCCACUCCAGCCAUUGCCAUGGUACAGCAACAGCAGCAGCAACCACAACAGCCUCAACCUCCUCAGUCUUACAAAACACCUCUUCCUGGAUCCCCUCCCACAAUUGUUCAUUCUGGAGCGGCCUUGGGUCCCACAAAUACUCAACUUGUUGGAGCUCCGCUACCAUGCACUACUUUCUUACCCCGGCCAGAUCGCAGAUUGGCGGUUGUGGACCGCUGGAGACUACCCAAAACUGCUAGUGCCACAACCUCCAUGGGUGUGAGAGGAGCUCUAGCAGAAACAGGACCCCUGCCUCAAAAGGUGGCACCUACCUGGGCAGGUGGUGGAGGUGCAGGUAGUGGUCUAGAUGGAUAUAAGCGCUACUAUGGACCUAUUGAUCCAGAGGGACUUGGGCCAUGUGUGGACCAACAGACAGGCUCUCAAACUCCCAAAACUGUUCCCAGAGCGCACCAACAACCCCCACCAACUAGUGUGGCUUUCUACCAGGAGAAGGGCAUGGACCAUGGCAUGGGGAAGAAGGUGGGAGUGGGUACUGGUGGAGGGGGUCAGGGUAGAGGGGUUAAAUCUCUGGGGACUCCCAGGCUUCCUCCUAAAAGCCAGGCCCCAGCCCCGCUGACACCUAACCCCCCGCUGCAGCACCCCUCUCCCCCUCUCCCUUCAUCCUUCUGGAGGAAACGGCGACCAAAAAAGCCCAAAGAACAUGGUGGCCCAUUGUACGAGAACAUCCUGCCACUGGGCCGGAGAGGUGGAGGCAGGGAAGCGAGUCGAAGACCGAGACCCUCUCCUCCUCUCCCCAUCCCGGUGCCAGUCACGCUUUCCCCAAGCUACACUCCUCCAUCCCCCUCUCCCUCACUCCCCUACACCUCCACAUCAUCCUCCUCAUCCACUACCAGCUCCUCAACCACAUCCUCAGCCACAUCCUCACGCUCCACCUCUCCUUCAUCCACUUCCACAGCUUCAUCUCGCAGCACCCGAGACAGAGAGGCUGAGGAAGAGGAUGAGGAGGAUUUGGAUGAGCUGACCGAAGAGUCUAGUCUUCUGCAGGGCCACAACAGAUCCAGGGACCGUGAGCAGUCCAUACUUUCCCCUAGAUCUCUCACUCAUGGACUUCCCCCUCCUAUACCCCCACGCAAACCGUGGGGUGCCUUUGGAGACAGGGAGCAUAAGAAAGACAGAGAGAGAGAAAGGGGUGGCAGUCAACUAGCACAGCUCCAGGAAUGGUGGGCAGGAUGGGCAGAGAGAGAGAGGGACAGGGAGAGAAGUGGCGGAGACCAGGGAGAUACAGAAAGGAAAAGAGAGAGGAAACGUAGGAAAGAGAGGGAAAAGGAGAAAAAGAAAAAGAAGAAGAAAAACAAAAAACGAAAAAAGAGGGAGGAGCGUGAAAGAGAAAGAGAAAGAGAAAGGAAGCGUCGCAAAGUGAAAAAGAAGAAAAAAAAGGCAAUGAAAACAAAAAAGAAGAAGAAGGUGUCAUCCGGCAAGCGGUCGGAGCCAGAGGAGGGUGAUGUUGAGGCAGAUAGAGAUGGAGAGGGGGAUGGGGAUAGAGAGGGAGAGUACUCGUCAUUUUCCACUCAAUAUCGCAGUGCAUUUGCGGACAAAGGCAGCCUUUCAGCUUGGGAGGGAGAGAGAGAAAGAGGGAGGAGAGAUGGAGGUGAGGACGACAGGGACGAACGAGAGGAUGAGAGUGGGGGAGGUAGAGGCAGAGAGAGAAGACCCAAAAGCUCCCAUUCACGACACCGACCAUCCAGUAAACGCUAUCCCAACCUCAACAAACUCCCCUCAUCAGUUAAAUUCUGGGUCAGUGGAGGCGAAGCAGGUGGCACGGAGGCCUCCGGACCCUCCCCUCCCUCCUCUUUGCAUACACUCCUCUCCUCAUCUAAGAGACGGAGGAGUAGUGGGGUAGAGAGAGAGGAAGAAGGGAGAGUAGGAGAACGCAGGCCACUGCUUCUCCACUAUGAAAGGGGGCGAGUUAACACGAGAGAAGGCUUGUCCUUCCAUGAGUGGGAGUCUGAGGAUGAGGAGGAAGAAGGGGAAGAAGAGGAGAGAGAGAGAGAACGUGAAAGAGAGAGAAUAGAGGAGAGAGUGCGGCGAGCAGGGAGAGGGGCAGUGUCAGAGUCUGAGCGGGAUAGAAUAAGAGCAGAGGAAAGCUUUUCCGAUGAGGGGUCCUCAGGAGAGUUUGGCCGUUUUGAGAGAUACUGGGAAGGAACUGGAGUGGGUGGAGCUAGUGGAAUUGGGGGUGGGGGCUGGUUUUUUGGAACAUAUCCUGCUCGAGAGAAAGGUGGAAGUAUCAACAGUAGAGAUGACUCUAUUUUGGGUCGGGCAGAAGGAUGGGGAUUGGCAGGUGAUUCUUGGGGUUCGGGUCCAGGGAUUGGAUGGGGAUCUGGAGGAGGCAGUGGAGGGCUAGGUUCACAGUGGCCACCCCCUCCCACUUCCCUGCCACCACCGCGACGCUACUGGUCAGUCGACAAACUACAGAUGAAGAGUGAGAAGCGAAGCCGCAGUGGGUCAAAGAGCAAAGGUCAGAGGUCUCGGGAUAGAAUGCAAGACGCAGCAUCAUGUACGUGUCCACAGUAUGGGCACGGUAGGCCCCACAUACACCACAAACACAGCAGCACUCAGUCUCACAGCCAGGAGGAUCUGCUUCCCCACUGCCACAGCUUCAGUGGAAGCUCUCGGCCCAAACCACCCCCUAAACCUGACAAAUCCAAAUCCGGAAGCCAAUCCAACCUAAGCUCCCAGCAAGCCCAGCUCUCCGAACACAUACCCCAGCCAUCACCCUCCCCACCUCAGCCACUCCUGCCCUCAUUACCUGUACCUUCUGCUCCCAACUCCCUACCCAUGCCCAUUCCUCCACCUCCAUCCUCUGCAUCCAUGUCCCCUCCACCUGUGCUCUCUCCCGGGGGUGCUUCCGGCUCCUCCCAGGCAGCCACCGCCAGCGCUAAGCUUCAGUACCAGAGACUUCGGUCUGUGCCCCAGCCAAGGCGAUUCUACUCCCCACACCUGCCACUCAAAGCCAAGAGCUUGUGCUCACGUCGUGGUUCUGCCCAUUUCUCCAGCCUAGAAAGUGAAGUAUGACACGGGGCUUCGCUGCUGCGCGUGUGUGUGAGCUCUACUGUGAAGCGCAGCUGGAGUGUGAUGCACAUACAUGUGCCGCACCAAGACGAGGAAAACGUCCACGACAGUGACCAGAGCAGCAAAGAAACAACAGUCAAAGCAGGGAAUGGCUCAACAAAUUCCGCCACGGUCACAAUGGAUACUCCAGCCGUGCUCCAUCUUCGGUCUGAGCUGAGUAUUACGAUGUCCUCAGUGCUUCUCUCCUCCAAUGAGAACAGUGGAUAGCAAAUGUCUGGGAUUUUUCUGUGAGUAAUGAUGUCAUGUUUACACAUAUACACUCCCUCAAACAAGGAAAAGACAUUUUUGCAUCGUGCACAUUCGACAUGUGACGACAGACAUCAAAUACUGCUGUGGCUCAAACUGACUAUUCAGUUUAUUUGCAGAUGACUCAGAAUUAAUCUAUAUUCAAUCUGAAUGCAGUCUUGGAGAGGCUCAGAUGAUCAGCAUCAACCCACUGACUGAAAAAGUGUCUCCAUGGCAACCUGAUGCACAUAGAUACAGAAAUGCCCUUUUUUUCUUUUUGACACUUGCAACAUUGAUGUUUUGCCAUCGCCCUUUGGCUUCCUCUUUCAAGGCCAUGCUGGAAAAUUAUUAAUUGAAAUUUGACCUCAAAGUAAACAAGAGUAAACUAUGUCACUCUUUCUGUAUUUCUGAAGCUAAUCAGAACUUACAUGGAGCUAUUUCACUCAUCAAAACUUUGGUUGUCCUAUCAAAACUCCAAUGCCAUGGUGUCACUUUGACAUCAAAUAGAGAUGACAUUAUGUUCUAAAGAGACAUACUUCAAAAGAAAAACAAUAAGAACACAAACAAAAAUGUAGCAAUUUUUCCUGUAUAAUUUUUUCCCUUCAGGUUUUCUUUUCUUUUAAUGCUGUUUAUUGCUCUCACUGUGGUCGUAUUUUAACAAAAGGGUAAACCAGCUGUGUCUGAUGUUAAAUAGUGGGAAUAUAGAUGCAAGGGCAAUUUUUACUAAGUUAUUUAUUUGUUUUGAUAGAAGAAUUUUCAAAUUGUCACAACUAGAUCCACGGCACUGCCCAAUACGAUGGUCCUUUCUUUGCAUACAAGCAAUACUUGUCUUUCAUCAAACGAUGAUGGGUUGCAAUAUUUAUGAUUGGCACUAGAUGGCUACAUAAUAUUAAAAACUGUACGUUAACGAUUACAAAUGGUGGACCAUGAGUGGAUCAUGCCUGUUGUUUUGUUCCUUAAUCACCACGUGUUAGAACCGGAACAGACAGCUUACAGCGUUUCUGGGAUGGUAAACGGCAUUGUUUAGAAGAGCUGAGGCUGUCAUUGUCACUGAUGGUGCAUUUUCAAGUCAAGCCUACUUCCAGUGCAGAGUUGCAUGUAAUAAAGCACAAGUUGCUGACUCUUGUCAGUGCAAACAUUAACAUAUGAUAAUGAGGAGUCAAGGACAAACACAAUACUGAUCGAUUUUUAGCCAAAAGCAUUCUACACCAUUUAUUUUGGCGAAAGAAUUGAUGUCAGUCAUACAGAGAUUCAGUUUCUGAAUACCUAUUUGACGUCAGGCACCGCUUAUUUGCCCAUGUUGUAGUUGAAUGUAGCUUUGAAAUGAUUUAGCAAAAAGUAGAUAUGCGGUAGAUUUUGUAGCAUUCUGGAUGCAGUUACACAUCACAAGAAGUGACAAUUACACUUUUAUUAUGGGGGGCAUAGAGGGCUUGUACAUGUCGUCACAGAUCAACAGAUUUGAUUGCCCUUUAUUUGAUACACCUGUUCACGCGGAAAUAAGUGAUGUUUGUCUCCCUUUCAUAUCUUGUUCAUUUAAACAAGACCACCUGGGGAAGGUUCGUCAUCAUUUGCAGUGAAAUUUAGGGCUUUUCCACUUUUUAAAGACCCACGUGUCAUCGCAUGAGUCAAGAAAUAACAAGCUCAGGUAUUGAAUUGCGUGUUGUGUAAACCGAAUCACACACAGCCGCUUAAUCCCCUCGGUCAGCGUUUCUUCCAAUGCCGGGAAUACGGGUGCGUCAGCGGAAAGUCCACCGCACCCGGCAUGGAAGCGCGGCGGGGGGCAGGGAGAUGGAUGUAGAAUGAUUGAAUUAAUAUAGUGUGCCAUGAGUACACUUGAUCUGUCAUUGACCCUUACUGAGUCAGAAGGCGCUAACACAGUAUUCUGUGACUGCAUGUACAGAACGGACUUAUAAUUCCCAUGUAGCUUUUUUCUUGAGAACAAAAAGAAAUAUUAUCUCUAUAUACUAUGUUUUUGAGAAUGUAUCAUGUUAUACUGUGAAUUGACUUAGAUAUUUUAUUGCCCAUUGUAUUCAGUUUUCAUUGCCAUCAUAUCAUUUAUCUAUACAAAAUAUAUAUGUACAAAUAAAUAUAUACAUAUAUAUAUAUAUAUAUACAGACAGGUAUAUAUAAUGAGUUAAGUUUGAUAUACUUGGAGGAAGUGGUAGAUAUAGUUUUAAAUGUUUUAGCUUUGUAGCAAUUCUAGACUCUGGAGACAUUUUUGAAUUUUGAUUCCUCCUAUAUGACUGUGAAAACAUUAGUGCCUGUGAAGAAAAAACAAGAAACAAGUCUAAUAUCCUUUCAUUCAUCCAUCCAUCCUUCUGUCCAUCUUUUCAUUAUUUAUAGCAAAUCUUCACAAUUACUCUGAUACUACCUAAAUAGCUUUCAGAUCAUUUGUGUUUUAAGCCCUUUGCUCAUGUUGUGUUGCGUCCUUAUCGCUGGUCUGUCCUUUUGACAUUCUGCCAUUCCUGCUUUCCCUCUAGCCAGUUAAUAUUCCAUCUAUCAGUCCGACCAUCCAUCCAUUCAAUCACCUAUCAGUCCAUCAGUCUAACUGCUGAUUUCUUCUUAUUCUGUAGUUUUCUCAUGAUCUUUUUUCCACAGAACCAUUGAUUAGGCAACUUAAACAAUGUACCUCUGGCAUUUUGCUUUUUUAGAUAUUUUUUAAUCUCUCUGUUUAUCCCUCUGUAUGUUCUCUCAGUUAGCAAAAAACAAAACCAGAAAAAAAAAACAGAGACCAGUAGCUACUGUGUUCCUGCUCCUAUCAAUUGAUUAUUGAAGAUAAUGAUCAAUUAAAGUUCUGAUGUAAUUGAUAAACGACUGAAAAUGUGACUGAAGAGUUGUACCUAAUGACCAUGACACUGUAGUGAGAGUCUGGGCUGUACUGUACACAACUCACUGUUACUGUGCUGACUAGAUGGGGUAAUGUGUGUAAACUAACUGUAAAAUAAUGUUGGCGUACUGACUCAUGUUGGUUAGGAGGUACAUAUCAUAGUAGGCAAUAGAUAAGUCAUCCCAUCGCCAAACAAACACUCACCAAAGGCUUAAUCCCCUCCCCUCGUCUGUUUAGACUGGUGACCUGAUUGUGAAAUAGACAAAGUACAGGGUUGGAUAUUGUUGCUAGAAUUGUCAGUGGUGGUCAAUAUUUGGCUGGGAAAUUAAAGUCACGUAUUGUGUUAAGGGCUGGUCAGCUGCUAUUUUAGAUUCAGUAUGAUGAGUUUGUUUGAGUGUCAGUACAUAAGAGAAAAGCCUAGUUUUCUUUUCUACACUGCUGCAACCACACUGAUGCAUUAUGUGUGUGCUAUUUAUUUCCUACACGGAAUUUGUGCCCAAAAUUCGGAAACAACAUCAUUUAAAAAGUUGCGCACAUCUGAUACACCUUGUAUAUUCAUUUACACUAUUGUUCAAGUUUGGAGUCAGUGAGAUUUUCAUACUUUUAUUCAGUAUUGAUCAAAAGUGACAGUAAAGGCAUUUAUAAUGAAGAAAAUUCUAUUUCAAAUGCUGCUGUUUUAAAUGUUCAUCAGAGAUUCUCAGAGAAUAUUUAACUGUUUUCAGUAUUGGUAGUAAUAAGAAUUAUUUCUUGAACACCAAAUCAGCAUACUGGAAUGAUUUCUGAUGUGUCACUGAAGACUGGAGUAACGACUGUUGAAAAUUUAGCUUUGCAAUCGCAGUAAUAAAUUAUAUUUUAGAAUAGAAAACCGUUAUUAGGGGCCAAGCACCUAUUGUAUCUGUUAAUUUUCUUCUUCCUCUUCUACUCGGGAAGUCUAUGGCAGCCUAUAGAACCGCUUGCGGGGAAGUUAUGAAAUUUUGGCACACAGAUAGAGGACAGUCUCAAUAUUAACCAUAGCAAAUUUGGAAUGUCUAUCUCUAGCACCACCAACAGGCCAAAUGGCACUCAUGUUUCUGCUAAUAACUUUUGAACCAUGAAUCUAAAAGCAAAAGAAUUCCAUAGCUCCAUAGCUCAUGCUGAGUCGAAUGCACUCCAAAAUUAAAAUUUCUAUGGGUCAAGAUUUUCCGCAAAAGUUUGUCAAAUUUUCACCAAAAUUGACUCUGUUCAUCUCCAGAGUAUUCUGGCAAAAAGUUGUCAAAAGCUUUCUGAUAUACCAAACCAUUUCUGUAAAGCACGUUAACAAAUUUGAUGAAGUUUGUGCAAAAAUGGAUAUGAGGCUAUAUCUUCACAACACGAAUUCUGACCAAACUUGGUAUGUGUUAUAACAAGCAUGACUUGCAGGCACAUGAGUAGUUUCUGCAUCUCCUAGUGGUCAGAAAAUAUUUUACAAAUUGACAUUUCUGCUUAUAACUGAAGAGUUCAGCUUCAACUCUAAUCAAACACACCUGAACCAGCUAAUCAAGGUGUUCAUGACUACUAAAAAUUACAGACACGUGUUGAAGCAUGGUUGGAACUUAAGCUCCUCAACUCAUUUUACCUCUGUUGUGCUUGGCCCAUUUUACUGUAUUUUUGAUCAGAUGAAUGCAGCCUUGGUUGAGCAUGAAGGAAAAAAACAUUAAACCAUUAAAUUUUUUUACUGACCUCAGACGUUUGAACGGUAGUGUAUUAAGCUAUAAGCUUUUAGCUACCAAUAGGUAUUUAGAACUUUUAAUUUCACCUUUAACAAAACUUAAAGUCCUCAUAUUCCAUUUGUGCUUGCUAAUGAGUGACAUAAUGAAUUUAAGGGUCUGUACUCAGUGAGUGAACGAGUGAGAGAAUGGAAACAGAUUAUAUGCAGGUUUGUACUGCACAUACAGCUUUGUAAGUGUUUCAUUAUUUAUGUGGUGAUUGUGCAUGUGAGAGAGUGUGGUGCACAUACAUUAUAUAUACACAUCAAUACAAGGUAUCUGUCUCUCUUUUUCCUUCGUACCUCUCUACCAGAUUAUUCAGCCAUUUCCUCUCUAUUCUCUCACUCAUUGGGCUGCUAUAAUGCAUAAUUGACUCACUCAGGACAGACAUACACACACACACUCGCUGCAGCUUCAUGGAUUUUGAAUCCUGCAGGUGUUCUAGAACUUUCUCUUGCUCGCUCUCCCCCUCAGGAGCUUGGAGUAGGCUCAGAGUAGCUCCAGGUAGCUGUUGGCACCAUGAUAUGAGGCAUUACUUGACAGGCGGCUCUAUGGAUAAAAGUGCAGCUCUUCCCUCUUGAUCACAGCUGAGCAGAGAUCAGUGUGUGUGUGUGUGUGUGUGUGUGUGUGUGCGCAUGUGUGUUUGUGUGAAAGCAGGUCAGCCCCUGUGAUAGACCACUACAUGCUUUACUUAGCCUACCCUUAUUCCACAAGCUGCAGCUGUACACCAACAAUAACGUCUGAGACUCAAGGCUGGAAACUCACUCUAGUGUUGCUUUCUCAUGCAAUGAAAGUGAUUUUGCAUCUUACAUGUUGUGAAACCCAUAUUUGAACAGGGUCCUCCAUGUCACAUCACAUUCAUAAUCAUGUAAUCCCAUGUCCCAUUCAAAAUGCAGAAGGAAAAGAAUGAAAUAAUUACUGCUUCACUUUGUCUUAACAGCUAAAAUUUAUUUUGUUUGAGCAUUUUAUUACUAUUAUUGUUUGGAUCUGUUUUUAGCUUUCUCACUAUUUUUUAAAUGGAUUGAUGUGGCAUUGUGUAACCUGCACUGUAACUAAAGGCAAUGUGAGUGUGUAUGUGUGUGAUGGGCAUCAGGUGAGGAUGUUUAUUGCCUUUGUACUGUACAGUCCAGACAGAAUUCCUCCACCAAUCAGAUUUUGUUUGGUUAUGACAUCAUGUCCUGGGAAGGGGUUUGAAGGGGUCAGUGCUAAGAAUUGCUUCAUAAAGAAUACUCUCUUUAAAAUA